AACAUCAAAACAUCAGGUGCAGAAAUCAGGUAUAGUGAAGACUACAAACAAGAAGGCAUCAAUGUAAACUUUGUCAAAAUAAACGAAAACAACAUAGAAGUUGCUACUUAUGAGCGUGGUGUGGAAGACGAAACGCUCUCGUGUGGCACAGGAGUCACUGCUGCUGCCAUCGCGACGUACUUAGAUAAACAAGACAACAAUAAC